AUGUCUGGUCUGUACAUGGGUUUUAUAUAUCGCAGCUGCCAUGCUUCUCCUUUCUUUUCUCUUCUUACUUCUGUUCUGUCUACUCUUACGACUGCCUCAAUCACUUCUGCAAUAUCCACUACGCCUACAGUAUUCAGAACUAUCCUCCAUCACCAUCCACCACACAUCUCACAUCUCACAUUUCCCAUGGAUUCCAAUUCCACGGAUUUCGAUUUCGCGGACCUCCACAUCAACUUCAUCAUCGCCUGGGUAGAUAAUCUUUGGGAGAUGUUAUACCAACAACAGCGAGAACGGGAACAGCGCCUGCGUGAGAUAAUCUGGGACAUCUUCUACGACUUCCCAUUCGACGACGAGAACGAAAACGACUUUGGCAACUGCGGCUGCAACACCAAUUUCUAUCCCUGGCACUAA